ACUUGGUCAGCUAAAAACUAUUGAAAUGCAAAGGCAGUGAUAUUUUAUGUCUAUCUAUUUUAUGUCAAAUGUUAUCGGUUCAGCAUACCGAUAUUCAAAACUGUGGUCUAACGACGCCGGGGACGCUCUGCCAGUCCGACUGACAACAGACGGGAUGAUCUCAGAGUGGGGGUCUGAUCAGUGAGAAGUCCCUGUGACUGUGAAUGUGUCUGUGAGGUACAUUAGGAUGAGCGAGCCCCACUCUAUCGCUGCCUGCGGGGACUGAGAGACACCGCUCUAUACACAGCAGUCGAUGCGGUCUUCCACCGCAUCACCCGUGGCUGAGAAUCCAGCAUGUCUCGCGUCUCCACCACCGCCAAGCGCUACACCGGCUCCUCCUAUACCAGUACCUAUAGCUCCUAUGGCUCCUCCCUGACGCCCUCCUCCCUCAGCUCCUACACCUCCGACCGGGACAGGCUGCCCUCCUACAGGAGCAAUGCUGCCUCCUCCUCGGGCUACUCCUCCUCCAGCUACCUGAGCAGCGCCGCCAGCCGCGCCCGCAACUACAGCACCUCCUUGGAGCUCGACCGGGGCCGGCCCAUUCCCCGCACUGACCUCCUGAGCAGCAGCAGCCGGCGCAGCGAGAGCCUGAGCCGCACCCCGGUGAAGACCUAUGGCUCGUCGGGCCUGAGCGGCAGCUCCGGUUACACUGGCUACAGCAGCUACUCCUCUUCCACCACGCCCAGCCGCUCCAGCUACCUCUCCUCGUCGCCUGGCGCCUCCAGCAUCUCCCUCAGCUGCCGAAGGUCGUCGAGCCAGAGUGACCUGACGCGGGACCUGUCGUCCCUGGGCCUCAACGAGCCCACCUCCUCUUCCUCCUCCUCCAGCGCCCUGAGGGGUUACCGGAGCAGGGCCAGCGAUGUGGCCGACUCCUACAACAGCAGCCUGCAGAAUUCCAGCUAUGGCCUGUCCCACAGCUCCACUCAGGAGGCCUUGAGCAGCAGCAGCUUGAAGAGCGGUGGUGGUAGCCGGUUCACCUCCUCCUAUGAGAGGAGCGACAGCAGCAGCAACGGACGACUCAGCUCCCCCACCAGGGACUCCCCGAACUCCAAGAGUGCCCAGGGCCUGGUGGGCCUACGGAACCUGGGAAAUACCUGCUUCAUGAACUCCAUCCUGCAGUGUCUCAGUAACACACACAACCUCCGGGACUACUGUCUCCACAACUCCCACCGACGCGACCUUAACAAAAACAGCCGCACCAACACCGGAGCGCUCAUGGAGGAAUUUGCCAAGCUCCUCCAGACCAUGUGGACGUCCUCGAGCAGCGAGGCGGUCGGCCCAUCAGAGUUCAAAACUCAGAUUCAGAGAUACGCCCCCCGAUUCGUGGGAUACAACCAACAGGACGCCCAGGAGUUCCUGCGCUUCCUGCUGGACGGGCUGCACAACGAGGUAAACCGGGUCACGGUGCGGCCGCGGGGCAGCUCAGAGGACUUUGACCACUUGCCUGACCGAGAGAAAGGGGAUAGAAUGUGGAGCAAGUACCUGGAGAGAGAGGACAGUAAAGUAGUGGAUCUGUUUGUGGGUCAGCUGAAGAGCUCGUUGACAUGCAGCACGUGUGGCUACUGCUCCACUGUCUUUGACCCCUUCUGGGAUCUCUCUCUACCCAUCGCCAAGAAGGGCUACGGAGAAGUGAGUCUGAUGGACUGCAUGAGUCUCUUCACCAAAGAGGAUGUGCUCGAGGGAGAUGAAAAACCAACGUGCUACAGGUGUAAAGCCAGAAGAAGAUGCACAAAGAAGUUCACUGUACAGAAAUUCCCCAAGAUCUUAGUGCUUCAUCUGAAACGCUUCUCUGAAGCGCGGAGAACCAGCAAACUGUCCACAUUUGUCAACUUCCCCAUGGAGAAACUGGACCUCAGGGAGUUUGCCUCGGAAAACAGCAUAAAUGCAGUUUAUAACCUGUACGCAGUGUCCAAUCACUCAGGCACGACCAUGGGCGGCCACUACACAGCGUACUGUCGCAACCCCACCUCGGGAGAAUGGUACACGUUCAAUGACUCCAGAGUAACGCCAAUGUCCUCCAGCCAAGUGCGCAGCAGUGACGCCUACGUGCUGUUCUACGAGCUGGCCUCCUCCUCGCGGAUGUGAGGGCCUCCCGGAGGAGGAGGGCACUGCAGACGGAGGGAGGGAGGAGGAGGAGGGCAAAGCCAGGCCCGUUAGGACUAAUCACAUCCACAACAGAGAGAGGCUACUACUCCCACUUCCCCAACUCUAUCCACAACAGAUAGAGGCUACUACUCCCAGUUCCCCAACUCCAUCCACAACAGAGAGACUACUACUCCCCCCUCCCCAACUCCAUUCACAACAGAGAGAGGCUACUACUCCCACUUCCCCAACUCUAUCCACAACAGAGAGAGGCUACUACUCCCACUUCCCCAACUUCAUCCACAACAGAGAGAGGCUACUACUCCCACUUCCCCAACUCCAUCCACAACAGAGAGAGGCUACUACUCCCACUUCCCCAACUCCAUCCACAACAGAGAGAGGCUACUUCAACUGCUGGACGUCCACCCUCAGACUAUGGAAACACUACAGGAAUCUGUCAUAUUUGCUGUUGUCGUUCAACCCAGCCCUCCUCACUUCACUCCCUCUCGCUUCUCUCUGCUGCCUCUCUCUCUGCUCUUGGGGAGCAGGGUGGUCAGAGGAGUUGGCCUGUGCGUGUGUGAGCGUGUGUGUCUCAGAGAGUGUGUGUGUGUGUGUUAUCACAGGAGACCCUCUCCAGGCAAUAAAAACCAAGCGUCUCCUUCUCCGAAGUCCCUCUCUCUAUGCACUGCAACAAACCAAACUCUCGUCCCGACUGCGCCUUUCUUCUCUUCUUCUUGUUCGAGAUCGCCUCAAUAUUAAAAGACUUUGUUUCAAUUUCGAUUUUGGAUUUUCUUGUUGAUUUUUGUAUUGGUAUUACCACCAUCAUCACGGUGGAAGAUUUUCUGAACUGUUGCGGCAGCGCCCCCUGCUGACGGGAUGGAGUAGGACAAUAUGGCACCGUCAGAAAUUCUUCUUAACACACCUCUCACACAAGCCUGAGUGUCCCCUCCUGCCUACACACUGCAAUGUCUCAUCCCAGUUUCUCUGUUCAGCUGUGUACAGUACUACUCUGUCCUUUCACUGCUGCUCUCUCUCCUUGUCCUGCAUCUUCCUCUGAAAGUGGAGGGGUAGCCAGGUUGUCCUCUUAAGAGUGCUACGUGUUCAGAGGAUGCCCUGUACCUUAUGUUAUUGUUUUCAGUGUGGCUGCUACUGAUGUUUUAAAGUGCUGUGAAUGAAAAGGACUAUCCAGUACAAACUAAUACUAUUGGUCACAAUCUUGUCAGUAUGGAUUUGUUCAUCCUCGACUGUCAUGCCAUUGAACAACAUGGAAAGAAUGUUUUGAGGAGAAAAAAACACGAUCUGUCUAUUUUUAUAUUCUGAUGCAAUAUAGAGAAUGUACUUUACAGUG